UUGUGUUGGUUUGAAUUUGAAAUAUUCUACUUGGUACAGGUGGUAAGUCUUAGGCUUAGUGUGUAUACUUGUACUGGAAAAGUCAGGGUUUUUUUUUCGAUGACUUGAAGUAUUUUCCCAUCCUAACAUGUAGUGCAGACAACACAGACUGUGUCAGGACCAGCUGGGCCUCAGGCCUGUGUUAAUAAAGAAGAGAGAGGAUGUAAAUAAUUGACGGGUCAGGGAUAAGUGUAAUGUAGUCAGUGUGGUUUCCUAACGAGGAAGGAACAUCUCUCUCUCUCUCUCUCUUUUCUCACGGUGUGUGUGUGUGUUCACUGGUGUCACUCUUAUGAAAAACCUCCCACUAACGCAGAUUUGCCUGUAACUUGUGUCUUGCUGACGUCUUUGCUGAUUUACCCCGCAGCAGAACGAUUCGCAUCCGCAGCAGCACCAGGACGCGCCCGCGUCCCUCAUUGGACCUUUUAAAUUUCCAUUGGACAUACUGUUAAGUAACAUCCAAACCCUUCAGAUGAACAUCUACGACUCACCUUUUCUACACUUUUACGGUGUUUGAACUUUGGGACAGAGCACACGCUCUCUCUCGCUGCGUCUUGGGACAUGAGAGUCAACGCUGCCGGGAGUCGCUUCUCUUCUUCGGACACACGAGAGCGCACGCACCAGUACGUGGAGCACCUGUACUUCCAGGGUGACGUCCACAUUCUGUCCUCUUCUCCAUCCUUCAUCUAAUCCCUUAAAGUAGAACUAACAUUCCCAGCGCCAACAGCUCCACGGCUGCACCGCGUCAACCUCUCUGUAUUUCGUGAGGCGCGAAAAAGAAGGCGACGACUGCAGGGAUUCCCUGACCGCUUCUCCUGCUGUACUGCAGUUUUAUUUCAUACAAAAGGAGAUGAAAACACAACAACAAGCAAGAAAACCACGAAUUAGGGGUGAAACUGCUACAGAGGAAAUUGCAUAAAAGAUCACCUCGUCAACGGUGUGGCCAUCACAAGCAAAAAUUUAUGGAAAAACAGAGCUGAGAAAAAAAAAAAAACAGCUUACACACCGACACUGGAAACAGGGAAAACAAAAGAAACGCUGAUGCUGUUGGUAGCACUGUAGACCACGUAUCUCCAUACCUGCCAAAAACCACAUGGAUGUCAAACAAUAUUCCACCCGCAGCCGGGGUGACUAGAUUGGUUCCUUGAUUGGUUUUGAUGCCAAUCAUGUAAUUGCACCAUCCUGGCCUUCAACUGUCGUCAAAGGCACGAGGCACCGCCAAGUUUCCUUACAAACCUGGAGCCUUCUCACAGACCUUAGAACAGAUAAGCGCCACGACAAGCAAACCUGUGUCUGUCGUCAUCAUCGUCCUCUCCGCUUGGCUUUAUUGAAGAGGAGGAGCCCAUUAAUGGCUCACAGAUAGGAAGGCUUGGGCUGAAGGUGUUGUUGCCGGCUGGCUGCCGGUUGGAGAUGAGAUAAGAUCCCAGGGAAUAGAGAGGAAGAAGCUACUGUCUGAUGGGAGCUGAAUACAAAUUAGCAUUCAUUUCGGCUGCUGCUGCCACAGCCUGUGAGGUGAAAUGGAUGAAUUAGUACGCUGCAAUUACAGGAGCACAGGUUGUGAACUGAGGGUCAUUAUGACUUCACAUCGCAACACGCAGGAUAGGGAAUGAAUAAGAGAUAAAGUUAAGGAUAGGAAGAAGAACGGAGGGGAACAAGAAGAACUUUUGUACAUCCUUGACUAAGUGUGCCGUCAGUUUGGCCUCCGUUCAGUGCAAUGUCUGAACUGAUCUAUGUUCAGUUUUAUAUCAUAGUGGUAAAACAUUACGAAACCUUUUAGAAAAAUGAGCUCAGGCGAGAUGGACCUUGACAACAGCUCGGUGGACUACUUCACCAGCAACUUCACGGAGAUUCCUGACACCCCCUCUGCUACGCCCUGGAACGAGACCUCACUCUUAGGCCUACAGGUCUCCUUGUCUGCGGUGUUAGCUCUGGUCACCUUGGCUACUGUUCUUUCAAAUGGUUUUGUCAUCGCCACCAUUUUCCUGACCAGGAAGCUUCACACGCCCGCCAACUUCCUGAUUGGCUCCCUGGCCGUCACGGACCUCCUCGUGUCAAUUUUAGUCAUGCCAAUCAGCAUUGUUUACACAGUCAGCAAGACCUGGUCGCUGGGGCAGAUCGUUUGUGACAUUUGGCUGUCGUCUGACAUCACCUUCUGCACCGCCUCCAUUCUGCAUCUGUGUGUAAUUGCGCUUGACCGCUACUGGGCCAUUACAGAUGCUUUGGAGUACUCGAAGCGCCGCACCAUGCGCCGUGCAGCCAUCAUGGUCGGGGUGGUGUGGGUGAUAUCCAUAUCAAUUUCUAUGCCCCCACUUUUCUGGCGGCAGGCCAAAGCCCAUGAGGAACUGACUGAGUGUAUAGUGAAUACUGAUCAAAUAUCCUACACCCUGUACUCCACCUUUGGUGCGUUCUAUGUUCCCACAGUGCUUCUCAUCAUCCUCUACGGACGGAUCUAUGUUGCCGCCCGCUCUCGCAUCUUUAAGACACCGUCGUCCUCGGGGAAACGUUUCACCACAGCACAGCUCAUCCAGACCUCGGCAGGCUCCUCUCUCUGUUCUCUUAAUUCCGCCAACCAGGAAGCACACCUACACUCUGACAGCACAGGCGGUGGAGAAGGAGGGUCGCCUCUGUACAUGAACAUUGUGAAAGUGAAGCUGGCAGACAGUGUGGUGGAAAGGAAGCGUCUGUGUGCGGCCCGGGAGAGGAAAGCGACAAAGACUUUGGGCAUCAUCCUGGGCGCCUUCAUCGUCUGCUGGCUCCCGUUCUUUGUGUUCACGCUCUUCACGGCCAUAUGCAAGGAGUGUUCGUACGACCCAGUGCUUUAUGAUGUCUUUACCUGGCUGGGAUACCUCAACUCCCUCAUCAAUCCCGUCAUUUACACUGUCUUUAAUGAUGAGUUCAAGCAGGCUUUCCAGAAACUCAUCAAAUUCAGACGGUUUUCCUGAAAGAAAAAAAAAAAAAAAAAC